UCUCGAAUACUAUUCUCUUUUUUCAGAUAAAACAUAUGGGAAUAAAACAAUGGACAAGACAGCUUCUCAUCAGUGUGUCACUAACUGUGUAACCCAAACAGUUCUCGUGUUCGCCCUUACUGUUUCUAAUUUACUGCUCCUUGUGAUGUGUAUUGUAAUGGCCUGUUGUUGGAGACGUUCAGAAAAGUCUAAAUUUUUGAACCCAGUUACAACCAAUGACUUAUAUGCUGGAGAAAAAGACAUCUGUUCUUCGGGUCACAAUUCCCAAUCUGAGCACAGAAACACUACGUAUAAUAGCUACAGCCAUAUACGCCUCAAGAAUGAGGAACUGAUAAUUCACAAUCCAGAUGAUUAUGGCACGACUGUUUUACCUUAUGACACCGUACAGGAUGUAAAGACAGAAACCGCUGGAAAUGAGUUCUCCGAGGGGAGAGUGAUACAUGAGCAACCAUUUGGCGUCCUGGAUACAUUUCGUCCUUCGAUUGAUCAAAAACUCUCUCCUGUGCAUCCUACAACACGACCCUACAGUUUAGCAAACUUAAAUAGAGACGCUACAGAAAGUUAAUGUAGUAUUCCUUAGAAUAGAACAGAUGGGCAGAAUCAUAGUACCAUAAAACGAUUCAUAAGUGUCGAAUACAGCAGAAAUUAUUAAAGUAAUAUAUUCCGUAAUUUUUUAACAAGCCUGUUCUACUAGUAGUGCAACCGUCACCACCACCCCUAGAACAAAAUAGAGGACUUAUGAUGUUGCUCAUGUCUAAAGUAUCAAAUA